AUGUCUUCACAUUAUCCCGGAUCCUACGGUGACGGGCAGCAAUCUUGCGGCCGUGACGACUACGGCGAAGAGUCUCGAUGGCAUCCGUAUGCCACUACCAUUGCCCCAGCCGACUACAUCCCCCCUACCCGUGCUGUAACGCCGGGCAAUCCCGGUUUGCGACGCGUCGUCGUACGUUCAGGCUCAAGUCGCGAAUGGGAACUUCAAGACGAAAAUGCGGACCUCAAAAGAAGAUUACUGGACUCCCAGCAAACCGUUUCCUGCCUACAAUCUGAGUGUGAUGGUCUGAAGACUGAAGUCGCAGGGCUCCAAGCUCAACUGUCUUUUGCGACUGGGACUCUGACCACACAGCUUCGAAAGGAACUUGAUGACAUCAGGCCUGAGGCGAUCUUGAAUCAGAGGCUUAAGGAUCAAAGCACUCUGAAGAGCAACGCAAUCAACAGGCUCACAACUGAAGCUGCUGAACAGUUCAAGACAAUUAAACAGCUAAAAAACGAAAUCAGCAAUAAGAAUGCCACGAUCAGUCAACUACAACUUGACGGGAAAAAGGCAAUUCAAGAUCUCAAUAUUGUUCGAAGCAAUAUGAAUUCGUGCAAGCCACACAAACUGUCCAGGGCAGAAAAGCGCAAACAACGCCGGGAGGCAGAAAUGGCAAACAGAUUCGACAACGAAGGACUCCUGAUCUCGAAAUUUGUGCAAGACAGCCAUCUCACAGACGACGUGCUUGCACAGAUCUCUCGUAUUGCAGCCAAUGUUGAAGAAAAGAAGAGCUUGUAUGCAUUGCUCUACAGCGCGAACAAUGGUAUUUACUACUGCAUUCACGAGGCUGUUGAAAAGGGCAUGUCUGCAUCCAAAGCCUUGUGCCCUGGAAUUUCUGAUUGCCCGGCCCGUGGUGUGGAUUGCAACUUCAUGGUCAAGGCUAUCAUGGACGGUGUGGUCAACAAAUUCCAGAUUUUCAACCCCAAUGCUCCCAUUCCAGAUACUCAACAGACUGAGGUUCAGGGUGAGAAGUCAGGAUGA